AUGCUCCUUUCAAUGUUUCCCAAAAAAGGGGAGAUGCAUCUGGAUGAGGACGCUGUGCCUAGCGUGCAGCGCUACCUCAGAAACAGCGAUGGAGCUCUGCCGCCACAGCUCGAAUAUUCAGUCACUAUUGAUGUAGGAGAGGCGAAGGCAAAAGUGGAACUGCAGGUACUGCUGCCUCGUACGUACCCUCACGUAGCUCCUCAGCUUUUUGCAAGAUCAGAUGCGCUGCACAGACAGCAACAAUUGGAGCUCAACACUUGUCUCGCUUCUCACAUGAGCUCUCUGGAUUCAGGUGAACUGUGCGUAUGUGAAGCUGUGCAGUGGCUGAAAGACAACAGCCUGCCUUACCUGGAAAACAGCAGGAUCUCUUCAGAAAGUGCCUCGGAAAAAGCGGCAGUUAAAGAAACGUUGCGUCGCAUGUGGAUCUACAGCCACCAUAUAUAUAGACAGGAACUGAGGAAGAAGAUUUUUGACUGUGCAAAGAAGUUAAAUCUGACUGGCUUCUGCCUGACAGGGAAACCCGGUGUCAUAUGUGUGGAGGGACUCCAAGAAAACUGUGAAGAGUUCUGGCAUGUUAUUAGGUAUCCCAACUGGAAGCAUAUUUCAUGCAAGCAUGUGGAGAACAUAGAAACGGAGGGAGGCAUUGAUGAUCUUCGUCUCUUCCAUGCUUUCGAAGACCUACAGUUUCAGGCACAUGGUGAUUAUGGCCUGAGGAAUGACUACCACAUGGAUCUUGGCCAGUUCCUAGAAUUCCUGAAACAGCAUCAAAGUGGACACAUUUUUCAGAUUUUAUUUGAUGUCGAAGGCAAACUUUCAGACAAGUAA